ACCUCCUCUGCCCCUAUCAACACAGCACCACAAGCAAGCAACACUGGCUCGGCAGCUGCCAGCGAAAGUGACGCAUUAGCGGGCUUACCUACAUCUGCAAGUUUCGGCAACAGUAUUUACCCUGGCGGUGCAACCUUCGUCACGCCUACCGGAAGCGCAUCCGUUUCUCCGUUGUAUCGUAUUGACCCACAAGAAAAUGUCACCUUCAUUUGGGAGUUCGAAAAUCUUUCCGUUCAACCUGCAAAUCUAACCUUAGCCGCCGUUGGUCCAAACUCUGUAACAUACACCAUCUCGGCCAUGGGCGGCCUUGAGACCAGUGCUGUGUGGCACGUGUCCGAUGUACCUUUGGAUUAUCCGCUCAUGAAUGGCUAUUAUCAGAUCCAGUUGUAUGAUCAACGCGGUAUAUCAGCCAUUCAAAGUCCUGGAUGGCUUUCACCACAAACGACACUUUCAAUUGCUUUUUAUACUAGUGGAAACUACGAAAACUCUACAGCUACUGUCGGUAAUGAAUGUCCUACCUGUUUCUACGAUGGUGCCGUUGGCCUUGGAUCAGCAUUUGGCAUUGCUUGCAUAACAUCUGCUCUCUUUAUAUAUAACCUACUGUACUAA